AUGCUUUCCCAGAUCACCAUUGCCCUUGGCCUCUUCAUGGCCGGAGCUUCUGCUCAACAGGCUGCCAACUGCCAAUACCAGUCACUGAAGUGCGGCUCCGUGCUUCUAGCUGCUCCAUUCACCUAUACCGAGGCUCAGCUCACUGCCGCUAUCAACGACACCGCAUCCAUUCCCGAAUUGGACACUGCCCAGAUCUCCCAGACCCUGUUCCACUGCACCGACAUCCUGGGCACCGUCACCGGAAAUGCGUUCUGCUUCGCUGGCUGUGAUUCCAAGCCCGGUGUUCGCAACGACCAGUGCAUCUUGUAA